AUGUGCAUUCAAGUCAUGUAUAAUUCCACCAUAAAACUAAACAAUCCUUUGUAUACUGCGUACUCCUUUAAACAUCACGUAAAAUCCCCUUUCCAACAUAACAACCUUUCCUAUCCCGGUCAUCGGUCAGCAGGAAAUAAAGUAGUUUAUUUUUUUGCAGGUUUAAGCGGAGAUCGCUUCCACUUCGACGAGAACGGUGAUGCUCCUGCAAGAUAUAACAUCAAACAUUUCAAACAAGUUUCGGAGGGGAAAUACGCAUGGAUAACCGUUGGCCAGUAUCUCGAAGGAGAACUUCAGCUCAAUAUGUCAGCGAUCCAGUUUAAAGUUGGUCAACCGACACCUCCUGAAUCAGUUUGUAGUCUUCCAUGUCUACGAGGACAAGCAAAGAAAUACGUAGAAGGGGAGAGUUGCUGUUGGCAUUGCUUCAAUUGUACUCAGUAUCAGAUUCGGCACAAAGACGACCCGACCCAGUGCACGAAGUGUCCUCUGGGAACGAUCCCGGAUCUCCACCACGAAUACUGCCAGGAAAUUCCAGAAGAAUACUUGCAGCCAGACAGCGGAUGGGCGAUAGGCGCAAUGGCUUUUUCUUCCACGGGAAUUUUUAUUACGAUCUUUAUUUUCGGCGUUUUUAUGAAACACAAUGAGACGCCGAUUGUUAGAGCUUCUGGCAGGGAAUUGAGUUAUGUGCUUUUAAGUGGGAUUUUAAUGUGCUAUAGUGUCACGUAUGCGCUCAUUCUUAAGCCGACGGAUAUUGUCUGUGCCAUUCAAAGGUUUAGUGCAGGAUUUUGCUUCACGGUGGUCUAUGCAGCGUUACUCACGAAAACCAAUCGAAUUUCCAGGAUUUUCAACGCUGGCAAACACUCCGCAAAACGACCGAAUUUCAUAUCACCCCGAUCCCAGCUCGUCAUAUGCUUCGGAUUAGUCGGAGUGCAGGUGCUGAUAAAUGGUAUAUGGAUGUUAAUAUCCCCGCCGAGAGCGAUUCAUCAUUACCCUACCAGAGAGGACAAUUUAUUGGUUUGUUCUUCCUAUAUAGACGCGUCGUAUAUGAUAGCGUUCACCUAUCCCAUUUUUCUGAUCGUCGUCUGCACGGUGUAUGCGGUUUUGACGAGGAAAAUCCCUGAAGCGUUCAACGAAUCCAAGCAUAUAGGUUUCACAAUGUAUACUACAUGUGUUAUUUGGUUGGCGUUUGUCCCACUUUACUUCGGAACAGCCAAUCAUGUAGCCUUAAGGAUCACAAGCAUGGCAGUCACUAUCAGUCUCUCCGCUAGCGUUACUGUCGCUUGUCUUUUCUCUCCCAAGUUGUAUAUAAUCCUGAUCCGACCAGAACGAAAUAUUAGACAGAGCAUGAUGCCGAUGAGAUACAGCGCUAUAAAUAAGAGCUCAACCAACACAGGAUCGGGAAGUAUGAUGGCGGCGGUGAUGGUAACGGCAGCAACUUGCGAUCAGAAACAGAACGUGCAGAAACACGUUUCGCCGAUUGAACCUGUAGUUGAUGACAUAUUCUACAAGCAAGCCAAAACCAAAGACACAAGCACCCAAACGUCUCCGAACACAGAAAAGCGGUUCGUGCCCCCGCCGGAUGCAACCCCUAAAAUCAACAACAACUAUAACAUUGGGAACGGUCCCGCGAACAUUUCACAGGAGGCGGCCAAACUAAAGGAACUGACGUCAUAGCAAUCAGCCGUCACCGGUGUUGCUGCUUCAGACAGUAGACCUUCCAGUUUGAAACGAAAAGCUGUGCAGGUUUAGGUAUUUGGUUAGGGGAUGGUAGAGGGUUUGGUUUUAUCGGAAAUUGACAAAAUUUAAAACUAUUAAAACUGUAUAAGCAGAAAUACUUUGUUAUUUUUGUCUCUGUUGAGUUUGGGUGUUCUAUAUAAAAACCACCUUCAUAAUUCUACAAAUGAAAAAAUAAAAUAAAUAUAAGAGAAAUUUUAUUGGUAAUUGAUACAUCGGUACAUCUUCGCUAAACUACCCACCAUACAGGAGAGAAUUCAUUCUUGCAGCAAAAAAAUGUACUACGUACAAUAUGCAGCUCUAACAUCAGAGCUGAAGAUAUCUUGCCAUCAUACCACAAAACACUAUGCCACUGACUAGAUCACAACAACAAAGUUCCCUUACCUCCAGUCACUCUUCUACAAUUGGCCAGAAACGAACUUCCUGAUAAGUAUUGCCCCUAGAACAUCCUAGAAAAAAUCCCCCUUAGAUAUCGUAGAUAAAAUAAGUUGUAUCUGUAGCUGUACGUUUCACUUGAAAUUGGUUUUAUUGCAAAGAUACUUUCACCUUACAUCCCUCUCUUAGCUUCUAAGCUAAAGUCAACGACCUUCUAAGCCCCUCGCUCAACUGACAGUAUUUGCUACUUAAAGUUACAAAGGUGCUCAAAAACAAAGAUAAAAUGGUUGGUAUACAUUCGCAGAUGAUACCGCAAUCAUGGCUGCCUGCUUGCUGUUCAAAACCUACAAAACCAUCUUAAUACACUACAGCAAGAGUUCACGGAGAGGAGAAUUAAAGUUAAUAACACUAAAUCAUCACAAACUACAUGUAUCACAAGACAUUGCAAUGUUCCACAAACUUUCUUCAAGAAUAAUCCUAUAGCAAUCAAUGUGAAUAGUUUGUAUUGCUCAUAAUAUGUUCAAUAUGCGAAAAAUAAGACGAAUUGACAGACGGAAAAGAAGACUAUUUGACAGAAGAAAUGAUAGACGAAGAAGAUAACGGUUUUAAAGUAAAAAGGAAAAAAUUGACAGAUAGACAAAAGACGAAUUUACAGUUGACAUGGCAGUUGAAAUGACAGUUGACGUAAUAAUAGGUUCCACAGAUGAAAAAUAAUGACGAAUUUACAGACGGAAAAGAAUACUAUUUGACAGAAGAAAUGAUAGACGAGGAAAAUACAUAGAUAUAAUAACAGGUAGAUUAUGCCAGUUCCGAAAAUUAGCGUAACGCGAAGCAGUUCGGAUCGGUAGUCUAUCUAUCUCUCUCUACCGGCGCUUAGCUUUCUCUCUCUAGCAUAUGAUGGCCGCCGACUCUGUGUUUGUGUCGUUCCAUUACUCUCACCUCUUGGUAGUUACGCUCACACUCGCACGACAGACAAAGAUAGCUAGAACACCGUACUUAAUAUUAUCGUUACACCCCGAUGCAUUGAGUGGCAUAUAACUAGUCUGGUCUAUUAUUAACAUGUCUCUGGGAAAAUAACGAUUUUACAAUAAAAAGAAAAAUUGACAGAUAGACAAAAGACGAAUUUACAGUUGACAUGACAGUUGAAAUGACAGCUGACGUCAUAGUGGGAGUGGAGGAGGUUUAUCAACUGCUAUAUAUUCUAGCUGACUUUUAGAAACAUAUUUUUAUAGUUUUAUAUGGUUUACCUAAUGUAAUUAAAAAAAAUGUAAAUAGAGGAAGAGGAUUGGUUUUAAAUCGAACUGUAUCAAUGGUCCUCAAUGAUUUUAACGAGUUAAAUAACAAUACAUUUUUUUUCACUUUAUAGUCUCACUAACGUAACCGAUUCGAUUCGUAAUGUUGUUGACGAGCUUACAAUGAUGUUUAAUUAAUUCAGCACCAAGCAUUUCACCAUUCAAACAAACAGAAAACACAUACCGAGUUUAUCAAAGUUUAUUGAUUAGUCCAAAACAGAAAAUCGGAAAAUUGUUUGUUGCUAGAUACCUAUUUGACGAAAAUAACAAGGGAUAUCACAUACGUUUUAAUACAAUCAAAGUGAAACAGACUUUAACUUCUCUAUAAUGAAAUUAUGUAAUUAUAAUGGAGUUAUGUCAUAGGCUUAGCCUACAAGCAACAAACAAAAAUUUUGAGAAUAUGGCGACUUAUUUCUCAACAUAUAUGCACUAUAUAAUACACUAACCCCAGUAAUACUAACUAACAAGUUCUUCAACCUCUUUGAAAACUACGUUUUCUGGGUGUCUGCACAAGUAGGCCUCCAUCGUGACGUUGACCUCUUUCUUUGACUCUAAUUUCUGCCAGCGAUUAACGUUUUUAAGUUUGGAAGCAAAAAGUCGUCGCACGGGGUCAAAUCUGCAGAAUACGCUGGACGGGGCAGCAGUUCGUAGCUGUUGGCCAUGGCGGUGUGUUAGCAUGGUGGAAUAGCUCUUUUUUAUUUACCAAAUGAGAUCGUUUUUUCUGCAAUUUGGCCUUUUUCCAAAUACUUUAUGUAGAUCACACCUUGUGAAUCCAAGGACACGCUGACCAUCAGCUUUCCAGCCAAUAGGACAGUAUUCGCUUUCUUCAAAACAGGUUUGCUCCCGAAGUCCAUUAUUUUCUCUAUGCCUUAGUUUCUGGUGUGUACCACUAGAUCCAUGUUUUGUCAACGGUUACUCAAGUAGUUUCAUCGUUGCGCUUGUUAUCCAGAGUAAGCCAACGUCACACACAUUGCGCCGACUGCUUUCUCGUGCCCAAAAUUCCCUGCAGGAUAUUGUUUUGAGACACCUACUGCCUCAGGUAUCUCAGUAUCAGUAUUCCGAUUUACACCCAAGGAUUCUAACACUACGCCUAAUCGCAACCGAUUUAUUAUGUAAUUGAUCUUCUUAAGAAAUACUGACAAAGUUAAUAUUUAACAAUAAAACACUGAACACUUUUGCUUUCAAUACUUCCACAAAAUUUAUUAUAAAACUAUGUGACUACAGAAGAAACGGAAGAAAUUCCCACGCAAAAGCAUGCGAAGAGAUUUAUACCUCAAACAUGCGCAAAAAGAGCUGAAGAACUGUUCAAAAUGAACAGGAAUCAGCUCAAAAUCACUACAGAUUUCCUAACUGGACACUUUCCAGUAAAUCUCCGAUUUGUCUGAAAAUUGGAAUAUAGCAUCUGCGGGAU